AGUAAACAAUGAAAAGGCGCCAGCUGCGUUAGCUUUACUGAUGUGUGGACAGGGCUGGAAGACUGCUGUGUUUUCGUAUUUCAGAUGAAUAUUUCGGCGUUUAAAGUUACGAUGUCUUCGGCUGAGUGUCUGACAGAGUUUGUUACCGAACAGGAAAAUAUCAGCGAUGAAGAAAAAGUCUCAACCUGUGAACCAACGAUGGUCUGGAAACCUGAAGCAACGAUACACACAGCAGAGCUCCCACAGCAACAUGUCUAUAAGGAGGAGGACGUUUUUGAUAACCAGCAGCUGUGUAAUCAGGAGGGGAACUCCAGUCUCAACCAUGAGGACCCAGGUUGUCCGCAGAUCAAAGUGGAACAGGAGGAACUCUACACCAGUCUGGACCAGUCAAACUCGCCGCCUCAACAGAUUAAAGAGGAGCAGGUGGAGCUUUUCACCUGUCAAGACCAGGUGAAGCCAGAGCCUUCACAGAUUAAAGAGGAACAGGAGGGACACUGCAGCAGUCUUGACCAGAUGGACCCAGAACCUCCACAGAUUAAAGAGGAACAAAAGGAACUCUGCACCGGUCUGAACCAGGCAGACACAGAGCAUUCACAGAUUAAAGAGGAACAGGAGGGAAAGGAGGAACUCUGCACCAAUCAGGAGGGAGAGCUGCUUGUAAUAAAGCAAGAGACUGAUACCUUCAUGGAGACUCCUAUUUAUGAGGAAAGUGACCACGGCGACAGUUCUCCCAUAUCAGACAGUCACUGUGAUGCUGACAUAGGGAAAAAGUCAGUAGAAUGUGAUGUCUGUGGAAAAGCUUUUAAGAAUAAAUCCCAAAUGAACAGACACCUUAGAAUCCACACAGGUGAAAAGCCAUACACUUGCGAAACAUGUGGGACGUGUUUCAGUUAUAGCACUACCCUGAAACUCCACAUGAGAACUCACACAGGAGAGAAACCACAUUCUUGCACAGUAUGUGGGAAAAGUUUCAGCCAAAAUAGUAGUUUGACUGUCCACAUGAGAAUCCACACAGGUGAGAAGCCGUACCUUUGUAAGACCUGUGGUAGCACAUUUACUGGCAUAUCAGCGUUUAAAAGGCAUGUGGCGAUCCACACAGGUGAGAAGCCACAUUAUUGUAAAACGUGUGGGAAAAGUUUCAGCAGAAGUAAUCAUUUGACUGACCACAUGAGAACUCACACUGGUGAGAAGCCGUAUUCUUGCAACAUUUGUACAAAAAGUUACAGUCGAAGUGCUCAUUUGACCGAGCACAUGAGAACACACACGGGCGAGAAGCCUUUUUCAUGUGAAACGUGUGGAAAAGGUUUCAGAUUUAAGGAUAACUUGUUGGUCCAUAUGAGGCUCCACACGGGUGAGAAACCAUAUGUUUGUAAUGCGUGUGGGAAAAGAUUUAGUGAUUUCUCAGCACUUAAGAGUCAUACAAAGCUUCACACAGGUGAGAAACCAUAUUCUUGCAAAAUGUGUGGGAAGAAUUUUGGUCAUUGUAGCAAUUUGACUGUCCACAUGAGAACCCACACAGGGGAGAAGUCAUCGUCCGUGAAAAUGUGUUCGGUUCAGUAUCUGAGAGAGUUGAUCAGCGACAGACUAACUGCUGCCGCCGAAGAAAUAUUCACAGAGUUUGAGAAAACCAUCGUCCAGUACGAGGAGGAGAUCGAUCGUCAGCGCAGACUGCUGGAUGUCAUCUGGAAACCGCAGAUACCGUUACACACCAUAGACCUCCCACAGCAUUAUGCCAGCACAGAACAAGAACUUCUCACUGAUCAGCUCUGUGAUAAGGAGAGGAGCUCCAGUUUGGAACAAGAGGACUUAGAGUCUCCAUUGAUUAAAGAGGAACAGGAGGAACUGUGCACCAGUAUAGAUCAGGAGGACAUAGAACCUCUACAAAUAAAAGAGGAACAGGAGGAAAUCUUCACCAGCGUGGACCAGGAUGAUCCAGAGAUUCUCCAGAUCAAAGAGGAACAGGAGGAACUCUGCACCAGUUUAGGCCAGGAGGAACCUGAGCUUCAACAGAUGACCGAUGAACAUGAGGAACCUUCCACUAGUCAGGAGAUAAGGCAGAUUAUAGUGAAGCAGGAAAUUGAUACCUUUUUCGUGACACCAGCACAUGAGGAAAGUGACCACGGCGACAUCUCUCCCAUGUCAGAGAGUCACUGUGAUAGUGAUCCGGGUAAAAAGUCAGUAGAAUGUGAUGUCUGUGGAAAAGCCUUUAAAGAUAAGGCCCAGAUGAAGAAACAUUAUAGAAUCCACACAGGUGUGAAGCCAUACCUUUGUAACACAUGUGGGAAAAAUUUUAGCUGUAGCUCUCACCUAAAAGUCCACACGAGAACUCACACAGGUGAAAAGCCGUAUUCUUGUGAAAUCUGUGGAAAAAGUUUCAGAAGCAACGAUAACUUGCUGGUACACAUGAGAACGCACACGGGUGAGAAACCAUAUUCUUGUGAAACAUGUGGUAAAAGUUUCAGUCACUGCAGUAAUUUAACUGUACACAUGAGAAGUCACACAGGCGAAAAGCCAUAUUCUUGCGAAACAUGUGGAAAAAGUUUUACUGUAAGUCGUAGUUUGAUGGUCCACAUGAGACUCCACACAGGUGAAAAGCUGUACCUGUGUAACACCUGUGGAAAAAGAUUUACCGAUUUAACAACAUUUAAAAGGCACACAGCCAUCCACACAGGUGUGAAGCCGUAUUCCUGUGAAACUUGUGGGAAAAGUUUCACUUACAGUAGUAACUUGAAAGUCCACAUGAGAACUCACACAGGCGAGAAACCACAUGUUUGUAACUUCUGUUGGAAAAGAUUUGCUGACACAUCAGCACUUAAAAGGCACACAGCAGUCCACCAAGGUGAGAAGCCUUAUUCUUGCGAAACAUGUGGGAAUGGUUUCAGACGACGGGAUAACUUGUUGCUUCACAUGAGCACUCACACCGAUGAAAAGCCGUAUCCUUGCGAAACAUGCGGGAAAAGUUUCAGAAGUAAUGAAAACUUGUUGCUUCAUGUGAGAACUCACACAGGUGAGAAGCCUUAUUCCUGCAAAACAUGUGGGAAAAGUUUCAGUCAUUGUAGUAAUUUGAUUGUCCACAUGAGAACCCACACGGGUGAGAAACCAUACCUUUGUACCACUUGCGGAAAAAGAUUUUCUGUCCCAUCAGUGCUUAAAAGUCACAUGAGAAUCCACACAGGUGAGAAGCCGUACAUGUGUAACACCUGCGGGAAAAGCUUCACGGUCUCUUCAGCACUUGAAAGGCACAAAGCCAUCCACACAGGUGAGAGGUCUGGGAACGAAGCUGGAAACAAUAUUGGUUCAAAAGAGGAUGUUUAAAAUUGAAAGCACCUUUAUACUCUGCUUCAGGUAGUAUCCAUAGAUGCAGUGAGUUAAACUGUGGGCUACGUGAUUUAUGUUUCUUAAACCCUGUUGGCAUGGGAUUAGUAUUACCUGGGGACCCCUGGUAAUUUGUGAAUUAUCCCAGGACGUCUGUGUUUCUUCAAGUGCAUUCGCACGGGACAAGUGAAGUCUGAAUUUUACUCGAAUUUACUGACAUUACAGCCCGGAUAUGAUGUCACAUCUGUGCAGGUCGCAACAUCAGCUGUUGUCACGUCCAUGUGCAAAGUGGCCGGCUGCUACAUGCAAAAAAAUACAGACAUCGGUCGCACAAAUAAACUUUAAAAACAUUAAAAGCCUGUGUUGUAACAACGCUAUUGUUAGGGUGUCGUUAGGUUUGGGCACAAAAACGUUUAGGUUUAUGGAAAGCUUGUGGUUCGGGUUGAAAUGGUCACGUUUAACGCAGUAUGUAGUCGUCAUGGUAACAGUAAAUAUGUCAAAGCAGCAGCGUUGAUGGUAUAACUAGCCGUCAGGGUGUCUGUAUUCAGCCUGUUGAAAGAUAUGCUAACCGCAUGCUGCUACGCGUGUUUUCCAUCUCUACAUCCUCCCAAAUUUCCCUCUUCUUGUUGGUCUGAUUUUGCCGUUUCUGUGAAUGGUCCACAGGCCUGUUGUGUAUCAUCCUACUGCUGCAUUUGCUCCUAAAAUGCUGUCAGUAAUUUCCACAGCAGCUUCCACAAUUAAACCGAGAAAGAUGUAGAAAAAUACGUGAAAUAAAAAACACAACUAAAAUACCCCCCAAUCACUGAGAGGCAGAUUCGCAGGGACUAGUAUUAUCCCAAGACGUUGGUGUUUGGCGAAAUAUAGUAGGUAAUUUGCGGGGGAAUUAUUACUUCACAAAUUACCGACAUGGCGUAUUCACACAGGAUUAAGAUCACCGACCUCCUCCGCAAUUAUUACAAAUCACCAGAGGUCCCCAGGUAAUACUAAUCUGGUGCCAGUAGGCCUUUAGCCUGUUUCUUCUCAUGUUGUGAAAAAUGAAGUACAGUGAAUCAGCCGUUAAGUUUCUUUUUGCUGUGUACCAUUUGAUGUGCUGACAAGGAUUACUUUGAUACUGAAGAGAUCUUAAAACCUGAGGAUUCUCGGGCGUCUUAUGAACGGUUACAACUUUUGCACCAUCACGGUAUUUUACAUUAUCUCUCUAAUCUCUCUGCCAACUCGAGUGUCUUCUGACUUCUUUGGACCUUCUUGUUUUAUUGAAUUACUCAACGUGUCUGGUGAUUAUAUCAGUUUGACAUUGUUUCAGGCCUUAAAGGUGACACUAACCAAUUGUAGAUGAUGUACAACAUGUUGUUGUGAAAGGCACUUUAUAAAUAAAGUCAAAGAAGUUUGAAACACAAUAAUUCUUCUAGUGCUGCUUAUUCAAACUGAUGGACUAAAUAACUAUUGUAACUAUGACUGUCAUGAGCUUUUUGAGAGUGUGUGAUUCAUUUGGUCAUUAUUAUAUUUCUCUUCUAACUUUUUUUGGCUGCGUACUUUCAGAUUGAACAUAAACAUUAUGCCUUUAAAUCCAAGUCUCUUGACAGUUUUCUUGGUAAAACUGCUGGGCUGGCAGACCGGCCUCCUAACAACAUGACGGGAAACAGUCAUAACUGUGAUAUCAAUGACCGCCGGGAGCUAAAAACUGCAUGUUCAGUGUAGAAUAAAUGUGUAAAUGUCUGGCAAUACAAUGCAGGAGUGACACACACAAUAAAAGAUGACAAAUGGCAACCAGA